UCGUAGUCAUAGCGCAGAUCAUUACAGGCAGCAACUCAGCUCCGGCUGUCGGCUCCGGCUGGGGACGCAGUAGCAGGUCGAAGUGAAGCCUGGGGACAGAAACUGCUUUGUUUCUGCUCAUAUCUUCAGCUGUGGACGACAAUAAAAACUUCCAGUUGGUCUUUGCUUAUGCGAUACAUCUGUUCCCCAGUAGCUCCAGGAGAUGAGAGGAGUCUACAAAAGGAAGGAGCCUCCAGAAGCUGGGCUGUGCCCUCCACUAGAGCAGCCACCAGCUGAGCAAGGUACACCUAUCCCAAAUGUGACUCCCUGCAAAAAGACCGGCUGGAACAAAGGCAAUAGAUGUUCCAUGUAUGGCGGCGAGAAGGUUUACGUCGGAGUCCGCGUCAGAAUGCCAGUGAGGGAUCUGCUAAAGAACAUUCGAGUUCCCAAAGGCGUGGAGCCUGACGACUUUAAUGAGAGGGGCUCGAAGAAAGGCUCUGGAAACAUGAAACGUGCCAGGGCUCGCUCAAGAAACAAACCCACCAGGGGACAAUGCCCUGUUAAAAGCCUGGAGGAGCUGGCAACCAUCCUAGAGGUGCUGGAGGAGGAUCUUAGAACUGGCUGCACUUCCCUCUCCCAAAAUCCAUCCCCUUCUGAUUUCACAGCCUAUCCUAAUCAGUCUCCAACCGACGUAGGUGGUGGUGAUAGAUAUGAGGAAAUCAUUCCCAGCCCAGAAUCCUACACGAUCUACUCUCCGAGCACCUCAGAAUACGAUGCAGCGUGGGCCCGUUCUGACUGCAUGUUCUUCGACCUCCAGCCCUCUGGGGUCAGCGAUAGGCAACUUUAUGGCGACAAAGAGGACGACUGGUUCAAGCUAAAGAACAACUGGGAUCCAAACAGCUCUGCUUUCUUCUGGACACAGCUGCAGAAAGAGGAGGAGUGGUGGAAGGCAGUCUCAGAUGCUGAACUGCUGACCACUGACGAGCAUGGCAGGACACUUCUACAUAGAGCUGUGUGUGUGGGAAAGAGAGCGAAGGUGUAUGCCAUUGCCCAAAGAAUGGCUUUGAUCAAGAGUCUGGACCUAAAAGAUUCUGAUGGAAUGACUGCCCUCCUCUAUGCGGCAAAGCGCAACCAGCACCUCAUUGUGGCAGAUUUGAUCCGACUGGGAGCCAAUGUGAAUGAGAAAAACAACCUGGGAAAGACCUGCCUCCACCUGAGUGCCGAGAACGGCUAUAUCAGAGUAUUAGAGGUUUUAAAACAAGGAAUGAUGGAUGGCAUGUAUAUUGAUAUAGAAGCCACAGACAACUCUGGAAUGACCGUCCUCCAGUGUGCUUCUGUGGCUCUGAAGAGCAGCAUGAGCGAGGUGGCCUGCAGCAUGUCUCGUCACAGCAGACUUCACACGCUGCGCCAGGAGCACCUGAUGGAGACACUUAAGUGUGUCCUGCAGAUGGACAGCUACCUGCAUACUGCUGCUCGCCAGUCGGCUUCAGGGGAGCUGGAGUAUGGCGCUCAUGGCUGGCUGCAUAGCCAGCAGAUUUGCCCUGCAGGGCAUUUCGUAAACCCAACAGUAAUGUUCUGAGUUUGUUCAUGCUUUGAAUUUGGCUAGAGAUACCAUAAAUAUUUUGAUCCUCUCUAUCCAAGUAUGAGUUCAGGCAUGUUAUGUAUGUUAAGCAUCUGUUAUGCUGUGCGGCGUUAAAGAUAACUGGCUCGUAGUCAGUUACUUAUUUAAUGCCUGCACAAGAAAGUUAGAUGCACGUUCUCUGGUUUCUGUGAAACUUCCAUUGUUUGUUACAGUCACGUAACAAGUUGUCUCUAAACAACUGUGUCCCUAAAGACUCCAUUGUAAAAUCCUGUGCCAUUAUUGGAAAUGCUGUGGUGUGAUUGUGCCUUUUCUAAUAUAUGUGUUCAGAAUGAGAAGGAAGUGCAGUAACACAAUAUUUGUAGAUCAGUUGAAGUCAUUGACAUAGAUCACAUAGAUAGAUGCACAUUUACUGCAUUAUUGUUAGAGCAUGAGCUGCUAUAUGUAUAGUAUAUAUGCUGUUACAUAUCUCAAACAGCCACUUCCUUAAGGCUGAAGGCAGCACAAGUGCACCUUAGGUUUCCUAACUCGCAGAAAAUGUUUUGCCUGAGUGACAGAUAAGGCAGAACUCGCAUCAAACAAUAACAGCAGCUUUUCCAGAGAGUUUUGGUCAUGUUCAUUUGGAUAGCUCACUUUUGCAAAUGUCUGACUUUACCAUUUUGGUAAACUUCAAAGUUUGUGCUUACAUGUUUCUGAUUUUGCACCUUCAAAGAAUAUCCUUGUUUUAAUAUUGCAAAGUUAUGCCUAUUCAAGGAAAACAGUCCAUUUAUCUCUUGCAAAUCUACAGCUUUUCAACAUCAGAGAAGAUCCAAGUAUUUUUUCUUAUAAAUAUGUAAAAUUCAUCUAAACUAGUGCUGUCAAAUGAUCAAAAUUUUUAAUCGAUCAAUCGCAUAAUUUGAACAGUUAACUCGAGAUUAAUCGCAAAUUAAUUGCAUAUUUUAUCUUUUCAUUUCUGAAAGUGUAAUAGGCUAUUUGGGCAUUUUAAUAUGCAAUUUUGCAAUAAAUGAAACUAGUAAAAACAUACUUGUACAAAAGAAUACAUUUUUUUAUUUUCAAGCACUUUUCAGAAUUGGAAUGAAAACAUCCUGGUGCCAUAAAAUGUUAAACU